AUGGCGAGCGAUCUCGACCCCGACGCAACGCCAAAUCCAGAAUGUCAUAUUCUGCCGGCAACGAAAUAUGUUCCUAACAGCCCUUUGCCACUCUUAAUCUAUCGGGGUGUUCUUCCAAAGCCUAUCACAACAGAAUCAUGCCAAGAAAUGAUUGAAAGUCAUGGCUGGACAAGACAGGCCAAAAUAUGGGGUGCUUACUAUCUUCGCCAUUUCCACCCCAACAACCACGAAUGUUAUGCGGUCUUGAGUGGUUCAUCAAGAACAAUAUACGGGGUUGGAGAAAGCGACGAGACAGAGGGGCGACAGCCCAGCAGCGGAGCCUCAAUAGCCGCCGGUCUACAACUUACUCUAUCCGCGGGGGACGUGAUAAUCCAUCCCGCCGGAAUAGCUCAUGCAAAUGUCACCGAGGAGGGCGACUUCAAAUACAUGGCAUUCAACCCCAGCGAGAAAACAACCUGGAGAACCGAGCUUGGUCGCAAAGAAAUGAAUCUAGAAGAGAUGAUGGCUGAGACUUUGGCAGUACCUGUUCCAUCUGAUCCCGUCACGGGCGUGGAUGGACAUUUGACAAGGCUAUGGCCAUCCGCAUUCAGCGAUUUUGUUGCCGGGCAUUCGAAGUACUUGGUUUAA